AUGGCGGAAUGUCACAGCAGGCACGGCUACAGUAGCUGCAGUAAUCGCCACAGAAAGAUGUCCUUGCUUUGGCUAUUACUGAUGAUAUGUGCCUUCAGUGGGGACAGUGGCGGAGGAGGUGGCCCGGGCAUCUUCCUGAGGAUGGCAGGGGCGGAACACGUGCGCGAGCUGGAGGUGUCGGAGGGCGUACCGAUCGGGCAUCAGAUCGGUUUCAUCGGCGAGUUUGUGCACGAUGACAGCGGUGACAGUGGGCCACCGUAUCUGAUCGUGCCGGUGCCGGGCAGUGCGGUCGAUACGGACCUGGCCAUCGACCACACGACGGGCGAAAUUCGCACCAAGGUGGCGCUGGAUCGGGAAAACCGGUCGUCCUACUCGCUGGUGGCCAUUCCGCUGAGCGGCGAGAAUGUGCGCGUGGUGGUGCGCGUACUGGACGAGAAUGAUAACGCACCGACCUUUCCGACGCCGAUAAUGAGCAUCGAGUUCCCGGAGAACACGCCGAGAGAUGUGAAGCGGACGCUAAACCCGGCGCGAGACUAUGACCUCGGGCGUUACAAUACGCAACGUUACAGCAUCGUUUCGGGCAACGUGAAUAACGCUUUCCGGUUAUCGUCCCACCGGGAGCGGGACGGUGUGCUCUAUCUGGAUCUGCAGAUUAACGGCUUCCUCGAUCGGGAAACGACUCCCGCCUACAGUCUGGUGGUGGAGGCGCUCGACGGUGGCAGUCCACCGUUGCGCGGUCAGAUGACGGUCAACAUCACAAUCCAGGACGUGAAUGACAAUCAGCCAAUAUUUAACCAGAGUCGGUAUUUCGCGACCGUGCCCGAAAAUGCCACGCUUGGUACGACGGUGCUGCAGGUGUACGCCACCGAUCAGGACGCGGGCGAGAACGGGCAGGUGGAGUAUGCCAUCAACAGGCGGCAGAGUGAUAAGGAGCAGAUGUUCCGCAUCGAUCCCGCUACCGGCCUUAUCUCCGUAAAUAAGCCGCUCGACUUCGAAACGCGCGAACUGCACGAGUUGGUCGUGGUGGCAAAGGAUCGCGGCAUGCAACCGCUCGAGACGACCGCAUUCGUGUCGAUACGCGUAACGGACGUGAACGACAAUCAACCCAUCAUCAACGUCAUCUUUCUGAGCGAUGACGCGACACCGAAGAUAUCCGAGUCGGCACAGCCGGGCGAAUUCGUUGCGCGCAUCUCGGUCAACGAUCCGGACUCGCGCACCGAGUACUCGAACGUCAACGUGACACUGUCCGGUGGCGAGGGCCACUUCGGGCUGACAACGCGCGACAACAUCAUCUAUCUCGUGAUUGUCUCGCUGCCGCUGGAUCGGGAAAUUAAGCCCAACUACACGCUGAGCGUUAUCGCGACGGAUACCGGCAAUCCGCCGCUGCACGCGGCCAAGGAUAUAUUUCUGACCGUCACGGACAUUAACGACAAUGCGCCAGAGUUCGAGAAGGACGUGUAUCAUGCGAAUGUCAUGGAGGUUGCCGACCCGGGUACGUCCGUCAUACAGGUGACGGCUGUCGAUAGGGACGAGGGCAACAAUUCGGCCAUUGUCUACUCGCUGCUGGACACCCCCGACACGCACUCGCACUGGUUUCAGAUCGAUAGCCACUCGGGGCUGAUCACGACGAGGGCCCACAUCGACUGUGAAACCGAUCCGGUACCACAGCUGAUUGUGAUGGCACAGGAUAAUGGCCGGCCGCCACUCUCCUCGACCGGUACCGUGCUCGUCACCAUACACGACGUUAACGACAACGAGCCAAUCUUCGACCAGAGCUUCUACAACGUAUCUGUCGCGGAGAAUGAAUCCAAAGGACGCUGUAUUCUGAAGGUAUCGGCUACCGAUCCGGACUGUGGCGUUAACGCAAUGGUGAACUACACCCUCGGCGAGGGCUACAAGAAGAACAGCGAGUUCGAGAUCCGACCGAGCACCGGUGAGGUGUGCAUUGCCAGCGAGCUGGACUACGAGACGCGCAAUUCCUACGAGUUUCCCAUCAUAGCGACCGACCGAGGAGGUCUCAGUACGACCGCCAUGGUAAAAAUCCAGCUCACCGACGUUAACGACAAUCGGCCGACGUUUUACCCGCGCGAGUAUAACGUAUCGUUGCGCGAAUCUAUGCCCACGAAUUCGCUGCUGUCCACGCCGGUUGUAGUGGUUGUGGCUACCGAUUCCGAUUCGGGAAGCUUCGGGACGAUCAGCUACCGUAUCGUGGCGGGCAACGAGGCGGGAAUCUUUCGCAUGGAUCGAUUGACGGGCGAAAUCUUUGUCACGCGGCCCAACAUGCUGUCGAGUCGGACACAACCGUACCAUCGGCUAAACAUCUCUGCCAGCGACGGUGGAGGUCUUCGCUCCACGCAUGACGCGGAGGUGUUCAUUAGCGUCAUCGAUGCCACGCAGCGUCCGCCAAUCUUUGACAAACCGCGCUACACGUACUACGUCAAGGAGGAUGUGAAGCGGAAUACGGUCGUUGGGACGGUAUCGGCAACAAGCAGUAACUCAGGAAACCGUGGAUCACUUCGAUACUUCAUCUACUCCGGUGAUCCGGACGGGUUCUUCGCCAUUGAUCCGGUCUCGGGAAACAUUCGGGUGGCGAAUGCUUUGGAUCAUGAAACCAAACCACAAGUGCUGUUAAACAUACAAGCCACAAGUGGCGACCCGCCAGCAUAUGGUCACACUCAGGUGAACAUCGACAUCGAGGACGUGAAUGAUAAUCCGCCAGAGUUCGAAUCGAACACGGUCCGCAUCUCUGUGCCGGAGAAUGUGGAGAUCGGUUCCCCGCUGUAUGAAGCUAACGCACAGGACAAAGAUUCUGGUAUGAGCGGCGUCAUAACGUACAUGCUGGCGGGACAGGGCAACGCACCAAGCGGUGCGAGAACAAGCUUGUUCAGCAUUGACAGCCGCAGUGGACAUCUAACCUUGGCGCGACCCCUCGACUACGAGUCUAUGCAGCGGCACACGCUGGUGGUUACGGCAUCCGAUUCUGGAACACCGUCACUCUCCACCAACCUUACCAUUCUGGUAGAGGUGCAGGAUGUGAACGAUAAUGCACCCAUCUUCGAGAGGAACGAGUAUGCCAUCACGGUUAUCGAAUCAACUCCCAGCAAUUCACAGAUCCUGCAAGUCAGUGCGACCGACGCCGAUACGGGCAACAAUGCCCGGCUGACGUACAAAAUUCUUGGCGAGGAUCACCAGCGUACCGGCAAAUCGACACAGCUUGCAUCACCGGACGAACCGGUGGCCGAAAUCUUCGGCAUCUUCCCAAACAGUGGUUGGAUCUAUCUCCGAACCCGGCUUGAUCGCGAAGUGAAGGAGCGGUACAACAUCACCGUGAUAGUGAGCGAUAACGGUGUCCCAACGCUGACGGCAACCGCCCAUGUAAUCGUCACUAUUCUAGACGCCAACGAUAACAGUCCAAUCUUUGCCAAGAGUUUGUACGAGUUUGAAAUCGAGGAAAAUAUGCGUCGCGGUGCUAUGAUCGGUACCGUCUCGGCUUCAGAUUCCGAUGCGGGAAUUAACGCUGUUGUGCGGUACAGCCUUAUACCGAGCAACACCAGCUUCCAGGUUAAUCCCGUCUCAGGUGAAAUAACUACGCGUGAUUCGCUUGAUCGCGAAACGAAAGCCUCGUACGAUCUGGUGGUAGAAGCACGCGAUCAAGGUACGCCCUAUCGGAGUUCACGUGUUUCGGUCCAGAUACAAAUACUGGACGUCAAUGAUAAUGCCCCCGAUAUUGUCGACCCCCAAGAAGAUGUCGUGAGUGUACGCGAGGAGCAACCUAUCGGGACCGAGGUGGUCAAAGUGCGUGCAAUCGAUCGAGACCAUGGGCAGAAUGCCUCGAUCAGCUACUCCAUUCUCAAGGGCCGGGAUUCCGACGGGUACGGUAUGUUCUCCAUCGACCCGAUGAGUGGCGUGAUACGUACUAAAACCUCACUGGAUCAUGAGGAGAAAACGAUCUACCGAUUGGCCGUUGCGGCUACUGACAAUGGUAAGCCACCGAAGCAAACGGUUCGUCUGCUACGGAUUGAGGUGCUGGAUCUUAACGAUAAUCGGCCUACGUUUACCAGUUCCAGCUUAGUGUUCAGAUUACGCGAAGACGUCGGUGUUGGACACAUCAUUGGAUCGAUCAGUGGCAACGAACAAUCAGAUGCGGAAAAUCUCAUUUCGAGCAGUAACGAUUUGCAUAUAACCUACACGCUCACCCCACUGACGAACGAUGUAACCGAGGGUGCUUUCGAUAUAGAUCGCAACACUGGAAAGUUGGUAGUCGCUAGACAGCUCGACCGAGAGCAGCAGAGCGAGUAUCGCAUGGAGAUACGCGCGCUGGACACGAGCGCUACCAACAAUCCCCAGAGUUCCGCCGUCACGGUAAAGAUCGAAAUAGCGGACGUGAACGAUAACCCACCCAAAUGGCCCAGUGAUCCGAUCAAUGUCUACGUCUCGGAGGACACUCCGGUCGGUGCAGUCGUGUACAACUUCACCGUACAGGAUAACGACAGUGGUACCAAUGCGGAAAUUAAAUAUAACCUCUCCAAGCCCGCCCAUCUCGCACAGAAAGAGUAUUUCGCUAUCGACUCUCUGACAGGAUCGCUCACCCUGCUUGCACCGCUCGAUCACGAAGACAUUCAAGAGUUCCUGUUAAUCGUGCAGGCUACCGAUCAGUCCUCGAACGUCACCGAACGUCUUACCACCUCCGCCACGGCGCGCAUCAUGGUUACCGACGUCAAUGACAACUCGCCAAAGUUUGUCAUCCCACAAACGGCGGACGGUGUAGUGUACAUUAGCGAUUCGCUUGAAAUUAACCAGGUCGUAUCGCAUGUGGUCGCCAUAGACCGCGACAGCGGUGAGAACGGGCACAUCGCGUACACCUUCGUCGGUGGCAACGAAGACGAGCGUUUCACGAUCGAUGCUAACUCCGGCAUUAUCCGGCUGGCCAAGCCGUUCAGCAGUAACUUCAUAAUGGACAGCGGGAAACGGAACGCUGUGAGCGGAAAGUAUCAGCUGGUGAUAUCUGCCAGCGACCACGGUUCACCGCAUUCGCGCGAAGCGAAGAUUACGCUACAGAUUGUCAUCCAGAAUAUGACGAACAAUCCGCCGCGCUUCGUCGAACCGGUGUAUUACGUCAACAUAACGGAAAAUGUUCCGAGCGGCAGCUUUGUGGUGCGUGUGUCGGCCCGAUCCCACACGGAUGCCGGUUCCGGUGGUUCGCUCAAUCUCACGUACGAAAUACCGAGGGGCAUCGGGGAGGAUCACUUUGUGGUUGAUCCGGUACGCGGCAUCGUUACGACACGCGGCACAUUUGAUCGGGAAGCAAAGGACAUCUACACCGUACCAAUCUACGUGACGGAAGGUGGCCGGUUUAAGAAAGCAUCCACCGCUUCCGUUUCCAGCCAGGAGAUGGCUCAGUUCGAUGUAGCUACGCUGGUCGUGCGCAUUACUGACGUUAACGAUCACGCACCGGAGUUUGUGCAAGGUUCGUGCUAUCCACUGGCAGUACCGGAAAACAGUGAACUCUCGGUCAUACACACCGUUGUGGCAACUGAUGCGGACGAUGGUCUGAACGGCGAAAUUACUUACAGUAUCUCAGGAGGAAACAUGGGCAACAAGUUCAGUAUCGAUCUACACACGGGCGCCCUGACGGCACGUCCCCUGGACCGUGAAGUUCACGCGAGAUACGUGCUGCAAAUUACGGCGCAAGAUCGCGGAUCGCCAGUAUCCCACCAGGGGCACUGCAACAUCACCAUUCGCGUGGAGGACGAAAAUGAUAAUGAUCCAAAAUUUGAGCUGCAAAAGUACAUCGCAACGAUCGAUGAAGAUGCACAAAUCGGAACGACAGUGCUCACCGUGAAAGCUAUCGAUGCCGACGUGGGCAUUAAUGCGCGUAUCGUGUACUCACUGGCCAACGUUACCGAAUGGCUGUUUAACAUCGAUAGCAAAACUGGAGUCAUCACUACUGCUGGUCUUUUUGAUCGCGAGCGCCAAAAUGUGUACAACUUUAUGGUUGUGGCAAUGGAUGGCGGACGGUAUAACGCCCGCUCACAAAACGUCCCGGUGCAGGUCAUCAUAGCGGAUGUCAACGACAACAAGCCCGUCUUCGAUAAGUAUCCGUUUCGGGAGCAAAUCGGUGCACUGGUUCAACCGGGCCAAACACUCCUGCACAUCUCCGCCACGGAUAGCGAUCAGGGCAGCAAUGGUGAGAUCGUGUACAGCCUGAACGAAAACGGCAGCACUGGCAAGUUUCGCAUCAACCCGACGACGGGUGCGUUGAGUGCAACACAAAGUCUUGCCAGCGAAAAUGGUCGCCUGCUGCACAUCGAGGUGACGGCACGCGACAAGGGCAAUCCUCCGCAAAUAGCGACGGGGUUGAUCGAGUUGCGCGUCGGAGAAGUGCAGCAGGAGCUCCCGGUGCUGCGAUUCCAGAACAGUUCCUACCGAGUAACGCUGUCGGAGAACACACCCGUCGGUCAGCCGGUAUUGCAGCUCAGUGCCGUGCGCAGCGACGGUCGCAGGCAGAAGAUCAUCUACAGCUUCGGUUCGGGCAACGAGGACGGUACGUUCUCGAUCGAUGCCGUGACGGGUGAGGUCAGGAUUCGCAACUCGCAAAACCUCGACUACGAGCGGUUUAACCGUCUCAAGAGCGAGGGCAUUGAGCUGGUAGCGGUCGCCCGCACCGACGGUACACCGCUGCUCUACGGCUACACGUCGAUAGUCGUGGAAUUGCGGGAUGAAAAUGACAAUGCACCGCGCUUCACGCAACAGCAGUACGCGGCCUCCGUCUGGGAGAGCAACAGCAAGGGCACGUUCGUGAUCAAGGUCGGUGCGUUCGACUCCGAUCAGGGUGCGAACGCGCGCAUCCUGUACCACAUCGUGGACGGCAACCACGACAACGCGUUUAUCAUUGAGCCGGCAUUUAGCGGGAUCGUGAAGACCAACAUCGUGCUCGACAGGGAGAUACGCGACAAGUACAAGCUGAAGGUGAUUGCCACCGACGAAGGUGUACCGCAGAUGACGGGCACCGCUACGAUCAACGUGAACGUGGUGGAUGUCAACGACAACCAGCCGACCUUUCCACCGAACACCGUCAUCAGUGUCAGCGAAGGGACAAGUGUUGGAACGGUUCUUACAACGAUCACGGCCAACGAUGUGGAUACCAACCCCCCGUUGACGUACAGCUUCGCCGAGCUGAACGAUGACGAUGCGACAAGCUACUUCUCGAUCGAUCGGUACAGCGGGAAGAUCAUUCUCAUACGCCCGCUAGACUACGAGGAGCGGCACGAGUUUCUGCUGCGACUGCUGGCUUCUGAUUCGGCCCAUGUUGCACGGACAACGCUCACGGUGCGUGUUGCCGACGUAAACGAUAAUGCGCCUAUCUUCCAGCAGAUCACCUAUCAUGCCAUGCUGUCCGAUCCAACCGAUGGUAGCAAUACGAACGUGAUGAUCCUGUCCGUCAAUGCCACCGAUGCGGAUAGUGAACCAAACGCCAUCGUUCGCUACUCGAUUGUGUCGCCGAAAGGAUCGGUCACCAGCGGAUUCACUAUCGACGAAUCUACUGGUCAGCUAUUCGCCAAUAUUAGCCAAGUGUCAACGAGUGGCAUCGGUGGCACGCUGUAUCUUACCGUACGAGCAACCGAUUCUGGACAACCCGCACUGUCCUCCACCACCACGGUGCGCUUGGAGAUGAAAUCAAAAGGCAAAGCGAACCCCCAGUACGUCCAGAGUCAAUACCGCGUGUCGGUAAACGAAGAAGCCGCACCUGGAACGACGGUGGUCAACCUAAUCCCCAAAUCGAUACUGCAGCAACAGUCUGGUGUGGAGAUAGCAUUCGAGAUUAUCGAUGGCAACGAAGACUCCGUGUUCGACGUGACGUACCCCGACGGAGCAAUUGUGCUGGUGGAUCGGCUCGAUCGAGAGCGGGUGGACUACUACGAGUUGAAGCUGGUAACCGUGGAACCUGGCACCAGACACAUCAACCGUCCCGACGCGAAUCUCAGCACAGUUGUGCGUGUGAUCGUGACGGUCGAAGAUGCGAAUGACAAUGCGCCAGAGUUUCAGCCGGGCACUUACGAGGCAACGAUCGGUGAGUUGGCACCAAUCAAACAUUCCAUCGCGAAGCUAUCCGCGCUGGACGCUGAUCAGCCGGGUUCGCCCAGCUCGGAGGUGAUCUAUCAGAUCAUAUCCGGCAACGAUAGUGGCAUGUUUUCCAUCGAUCUGGUAUCGGGGCUGCUGUACACCAACAAGUACCUGGACUACGACCAUGGCCAGACGCAGUACAAUCUCGUGGUGCGGGCGUGCGAUAGUCAUUCGGCACCACGCUGCUCCGUGCAUCCAUUCACGAUCGCGCUAACAGAUGAGAACGAUAAUGAACCGCAGUUCCCGGUGCCGGAGUACUUGGAGUUCGUGGGUGAAAAUGAACCAAUCGGUAUCAGUAUUUUCACCGCCCGAGCCACCGAUAUGGAUCGUGGAUCGUUUGGCGUCGUAAACUACACGAUCGAUAGUGUGCUUUCCGGGUCGUACUCUGGUCUAGACGACAGUUGGAAGCUAUUCAAGGUAGAUCCAACGAGUGGAGUCGUCAACUCGAACGCUGUGUUCGACUAUGAGGAGAAGAACCGGUACGCUUUCGCGCUGCGGGCUACCGAUACGGGUGGCAAAUCGAAGACUGUGCGUGUGAAGAUUGUCAUCGAAAGUCGCGAUGAGUUUAGCCCACAGUUCACCGAGCGCACGUACCGCUUCGUUAUCAAGACACCCGAAUCUGGCCAACUGCCCGUGGGGUACGUGGUGGGCCACGUGACGGCAACAGAUCGUGAUCGUGGACCGGACGGGCGCAUCGUUUACCAGCUCACGACGCAACAUCCGUACUUUAAGAUGAACCGUACAACGGGUGCCAUCCUCAUCAAGAAGCGGCUGGACAACGUGGCGACGAUGUUGGACGCCGGUCGGGACAUCAGCCUGGUGGUGACGGCAGGUUCCGGCAGACAGGGUUCGCUCACCAACAUGACGGUGGUCGAGAUUGCGAUCGAUGCGUUGGGCCACCUCAAGGGUAACGAGCUGGGCAAUGGUGCCGGCAGUGGUGGUAGCUAUGAAAACUCCCAGUCCGUGUCCGCCGGCGGUGGAUUCGCGAACUGGGCAGUCGGUCUAGUCAUCUCGCUGCUGCUAAUCAUAGUCGGUGUGGCGUCCGUGUUCCUCUUUCUGCACAUGCGCAACCGCCAGCAGAAGCACGUCAACAAGACCGGGCUGAGUACGGAAUCGGUUGGUCACUCGAACAACUACGUCGACCCGAGCGCGUUCGAUACCAUCCCUAUUCGUGGGUCGUCCAGUGGUGCUGCAGGAGCGGGCCAGUUCGCACCGCCCAAGUACGAUGAAAUUCCACCUUACGGAGCGAGUUCCAAUUCGGGUGCCGCCACCACGUCGGAGCUGUCCGGCUCGGAACAGUCCGGUUCGAGUGGGCGAGGUUCUGCGGAGGAUGACGGUGAAGAUGAGGAAAUUCGCAUGAUCAACGAAGGUGGUCCACUGCAACGCGACGGGUUGCAACUUGACGGUCGUCUGUCGGACGUGUCGGUACAGAACACCCAGGAGUACCUAGCGCGACUUGGUAUCGUUGACAAUGGGACUACGGGGAAUGCGUCCAAUUCUUCACGCCGUUGCUCGGAGAGUAUGGGGCUGGGUAGUUCCAAGGAUGCCAUGCUACAUACGCUUCCGAUCGACACCCUGCACAUGUUCCACGACGACGAGCACCACCGCGAAUCGGACCUUACCAACCUAAUCUAUGCGAAGCUGAACGACGUCACCAACAACAGUGAUCGAGCGAGCAGCGUCGACGAGACGGUCACGAAUGCGGGCAGUAUCGGUGCAACGGUCGAUCACGUCAUGAUGGGCGGCUAUGGCGAUGUACCCGUCGUGGGCAAUCAGCAAGGCAUCUCGAUGAACGGUUCCCUCAGCUCGAUCGUACACAGCGAAGAGGAGCUCACCGGUAGCUACAACUGGGACUAUCUGCUCGACUGGGGUCCCCAGUACCAACCGCUCGCGCACGUAUUCUCGGAGAUUGCGCGCCUCAAGGACGACACACUGUCCGUGCAGAGUGGCAACAGUGGGACAUCCAGUGCGAAAAGUAAAAACUCGUUACAUCACACGGUGAAAACGCUACCACCGCCACUGCUGACGAACGUGGCACCGCGUUCGAUCAAUGUGCCCGUCUUUGCCGGUCGCAACAAUCCCGGCAACCAUCAUGGCGGUGCCCCCAAUCAGUACCUGUUGCCCCGCUCACCCAUUAGUCAUGAUUCGGCCGCCGGCUUCAGCACCUCCUCAGCCAUGUCCCCGAGCUUUUCGCCGUCGCUGUCACCGCUCGCGACCCGAUCGCCCUCCAUAUCGCCACACGUCGUCUCUACGGGGAUGCCCACCUCUCACCAUAUGGUUUCGCUACCACGGCCUCCACAACAGCGAGGACCCGCCGGACAGAGGAAACCGUACUGA